AUGGCAUCCGGGAAGGGCUCCCGAAUGGACAGUAGGAAGUCUUCCUCUUCCUACUGUUCGACAGUUACCCUUGUGGUGUUUGUUGCUCUUUGCUUAGUUGGUGUCUGGAUGAUGACAUCAUCUUCUGUAGUCCCAGUUGACAUUUCCUCCCAUGAUACGCAAUCUGAUGCUCAAGAUCAGGUCAGUCAGACUGGUAAACAGUUUGAGGAGAGUCCGGGGGACAUUUCAGAACAGAGUGUUACAGAGGAAAAAACGGAACAAGAUGAUGCGUCUUUCACUGACACUAAUGGGGAAAAAGAACAGGGAGAUCCCGCCAAAAUUACAGAAGAGAAUCCUGAUGCGACUGAAAACACUGAACAGGAUCAAUCUGAUAAUGAAAGCAAAUCAGAAAAAGUGGGUGACGAAAAUGAUGAGACCCAGGUAGAGAAGAUAGAAGAAGAGAAAGAGACAGAUGACAAGGAAAAGACCCAAACCACAGUGGAGGUCUUUCCUGAUGGUGCACAGUCAGAACUCUUGAAAGAGACUAACACUCAGGAAGGGGCAUGGUCUACACAAGCUGCAGAGUCAACGAAAGAAAAAGAAACACAAAAGUCUUCGUCAAAAGAUCAGUUUAUUGGAUAUGACUGGAGGCUUUGUAAUGCCAGUUCUGGUCCGGAUUACAUUCCUUGUCUAGAUAAUUUGAAAGCUCUUAAGAAGCUUCGAAGUAAUAAACACUAUGAGCAUCGCGAGAGGCACUGUCCUGAAGAAGGCCCUUCCUGUCUCGUUCCUCUUCCGGAUGGAUACAGGCAACCGAUCAAGUGGCCCCAGAGCCGGGACAAAGUACAAACCUCUCUAUAUUUGUUCAUUUCUUGUCGAUCUGUUUUUCGUCUUUUAAAAUUGAAGAUGCAAUGAUUCAUUUUACUUUUCUGCAGAUAUGGUACUUUAAUGUUCCUCAUACCAAGCUCGCAGUGGUGAAAGGACACCAAAAUUGGGUGAAGGUAACCGGGGAAUAUCUCACGUUUCCGGGUGGUGGGACUCAAUUCAAGCAUGGUGCAAUGCACUACAUUGAUUUCAUUGAGGAGGUAAUUUUCCUUACUUUUUUUCACAUUAUCAUGAUCUCUCCGUUUAUCUUUGGCAAUGGCUUUCUGUCACUAGUAUCAUGUUUUGCCCUUCAUGUCAACAACCUUCUCCUACUAAAUUGAUAUCUAUAGCCAUGUCUUCUGCUCUAGAUAAGAGAAUCAGAUUAUUAUCCACUGCCGUCUAUCAUCAUGAAUAACAGCUCCCUUCAAGCUCUAGUGAAUAACUGUAAUAAAUAAAUUGCUGAAUCAUGAAAGAUCUAUUUCACGCAGACUUUACCUGACAUAGCAUGGGCAAAGAAAACCCGCGUUAUACUGGACGUUGGCUGUGGAGUCGCUAGCUUCGGAGGCUUCCUUUUUGAUAAGGACGUUCUCGCCAUGUCAUUUGCUCCGAAGGACGAGCACGAGGCCCAAGUCCAAUUUGCUCUCGAGAGAGGAAUUCCAGCCAUCUCUGCUGUUAUGGGUACCAAGAGGCUCCCCUUUCCAAGCAAUGUCUUCGACGUUGUUCACUGCGCCCGUUGCAGGGUUCCAUGGCACAUUGAAGGUACCCCCCUCGCUGCGUUGGUUGACGAUAUUCUCCUCCUGUUGACCUCAUUUAGAUUCCGGAGAUUCCUCUUCUGCAACCCUCACCAAGGAGGAUGCACGCAGGUGGUACGCUGCUUCUCGAACUGAACAGGCUCUUGCGUCCCGGAGGCUACUUUGUUUGGUCAGCGACACCAGUCUACCAGAAACUGCCCCAAGACAUCGAGGUCUGGGAAGGUGAGCCCCUCCCCCCACCAUUACAUUCCAUGCAGGGAGUAAACUGGAAUCUAUGAACCUCCCCUGAAACUGUCUCUCCCUGUGGCAAACUGGCUGCAGCCACAUCCAAGCUGACUAAAGCCAUGUGCUGGGAGAUGGUGGCCAUCAGUCGAGACGCGGUGAAUUCAGUGGGUGUGGCGAUAUUCAGGAAACCAACUUCCAAUGACUGCUACGACAGACGAGCAGAGAACGACCCUCCUCUCUGCGAGGAAUCUGACCAACCGAACGCAGCCUGGCAAGUCUCAUCCAUCUCCUGGAUGAUCCUUCGGGGCCAUAUUCCUUCUUGCGAUCAUCAGUUGACUGACUCAUUAGCUUCGGUACCUGCAGGAACGUGCCGCUGCAGGCGUGCAUGCACCGAGUUCCGGCCGACCCAGUCCUUCGUGGGUCCCGAUGGCCCCAGCAAUGGCCCAAGAGACUCACAGCGGUUCCAUAUUGGUUGAACAGCUCGCAGAUCGGGGUUUACGGCAAGCCCGCCCCCGAAGAUCUGGCCUCAGACACUGAGCACUGGAAGAACGUUGUGGACAAGUCUUACCUGAAUGGCAUGGGAAUCGACUGGUCCAGCGUGAGAAAUGUCAUGGACAUGAGAUCCGUCUAUGGAGGGUAAGCAAAGAGAGUAUCACCCCCCCCCUCUCUCUCUUUCUCUCUCUCUAUACCUUCCAAGAUUAUUCCUUUUUAUGUCUAACCAAAGUUUCCUUGGUUUUCUGUCAGAUUCGCCGCUGCAUUGAGAGAUCUCAAAGUCUGGGUAAUGAACGUUGUCUCGAUUAACGGCGCGGACACGCUUCCCGUUAUCUAUGAGCGAGGUCUGUUCGGAAUAUACCACGACUGGUGCGAGUCCUUCAGCAGUUACCCGAGAACCUACGACCUCCUCCACGCCGAUCACCUCUUCUCCAAGCUCAAGAAGAGGUCUGGUCAACCCAACCUCUCUCCUCUCUCCUCCCCCCGCAUGAAAACCUGCUCACCUCUACUGGAAUGUUGCAGGUGCAAGCUGGUGCCGGUGGUCGCCGAGGUUGACCGGCUGCUGAGGCCGGAUGGGAAGCUGAUCGUCAGAGACAACGUGGAGACCAUCGGGGAGGUGGAGAGCCUCGCCAAGUCUCUGCACUGGGAGGUCCGGAUGACCUACACGAAGCAGAACGAGGGGAUUCUUUGUCUGCAGAAGACCAUCUGGCGCCCCUUGGAAGUUGAAAGCGUGAGGCGUUGA